AUGAACUCCUUCUACGCUGCCGCCGCUCGUUCGAUCCGGCCGACCACGACUUCCUUUGCCAGAUCUGCCGCCCGGCCCGCCGCCUUCCGUCCCGUCCUGAGUUCUGCCGCCCGUCCUGCAGUCCCCGUCGCCUCCUUCCACUACACCAGACAAGCCAUGGCGGCCCAGAAGAUCAAGGUCAAGAACCCCGUCGUGGAGCUCGACGGUGAUGAGAUGACCCGUGUCAUCUGGCAGGACAUCAAGGACAAGUUCAUCCACCCUUACCUCGACAUUGACCUCAAGUACUACGACUUGGGUCUUCCUUACCGUGACGAGACCAACGACCAGGUCACCAUCGAUGCUGCCGAGGCUAUCAAGAAGUACUCGGUCGGUGUCAAGUGUGCCACCAUCACUCCCGACGAGGCGCGUGUAGAGGAGUUUAAGCUCAAGCAGAUGUGGCUGUCCCCUAACGGUACCAUCCGUAACGCUCUCGGCGGUACCGUCUUCCGCGAGCCUAUCGUGAUCCCGCGCAUUCCUCGUUUGGUACAGGGAUGGAAGAAGCCCAUCAUCAUUGGCCGUCACGCUUUCGGUGACCAGUACCGGGCCAAGGACAAGGUCAUCCCGGGCCCCGGCAAGCUGUCUAUGGUCUACACCCCCGAGGGUGGCCAGCCCGAGGAGAUUGAGGUCUUCCAGUUCAAGAGCGGCGGCGGUGUCGCCCAGACUCAGUACAACACUGACGAGAGCAUCACUGGUUUCGCCCACGCCAGUUUCAAGCUUGCUCUGGCCAAGGAGCUGCCCCUGUACAUGUCCACCAAGAACACCAUUCUCAAGAAGUACGAUGGCCGUUUCAAGGACAUCUUCCAGGAGAUCUACGACACGACCUACAAGGCCGACUUUGAGGCCAAGAAGAUCUGGUACGAGCACCGCCUGAUCGACGACAUGGUCGCUCAGAUGAUCAAGAGCUCUGGUGGCUACAUUAUGGCAUUGAAGAACUACGACGGUGAUGUCCAGUCCGACAUUGUUGCCCAAGGUUUUGGUUCCCUCGGUCUCAUGACUUCGGUUCUCAUCACCCCCGAUGGCAAGACCUUUGAGUCCGAGGCCGCCCACGGAACCGUUACCCGCCACUUCCGCGAGCACCAGAAGGGCAAGGAGACCUCUACCAACCCCAUUGCCUCCAUCUUUGCCUGGACCCGCGGUCUGAUCCAGCGUGGAAAGCUCGACGAUACCCCCGAGGUCGUCGCCUUUGCCGAGUCCCUCGAGCAGGCUUGCAUUGACACUGUCGACGUUGACGGCAUCAUGACCAAGGAUCUGGCCCUGGCCUGCGGAAAGACGGCUCGUGAGGACUACGUCACCACCACCGAGUACUUGAACGCUGUCGAGAGGAGGAUGAAGAGCCUGCUCAAGGAGAAGUUGUAA